CCAAUCCUGUGGUCCCGUAACGAUGUUGUGCUAGGUCUGCUAACUGCUAUUCACUAUAUACUAUAUUCAGUGCCGUUUCUAGGAGCGUUUAGAGAGGUAUGUCUCGUGUUUCGUUCUCAGCCAUCGAAAUAUCACGUGGAUCGGCGAAAAACGCGAAAUUAUUUCGGAAAACGUGCGAAAAAUUCACCAAAUCGUUCGAAUGACCGUGUAAGAUUUUUUUCUUCGAAAAUUCGAUCAUUCGUUUUUUUUUCUCGUCGUUCGUUUCGUGAAAAAAUAGCCACAAUAUUCGCGUCGCAUUGAUGGACAUUCAAAGCGUUAUGGAAACCUUUGCCGAAUGGAUUGCUGCCACGAAUCCCAACGGAAAUUUGUUCUCGAUGGCUAAUGGAGUUCAGAGUCAAGCUUUAUCAUUGACGACGGCAGCGGGUAAUUCAAUCCAAAACAGUUCACUGGAUAAUGUACAAAGUACAGGCAAAACAUUAGCUGUAAGAUGUGUCGUCGAAUCAGUCGCCAAUUUGCAAUACUGCGAUUUGCCCUAUCCUAAUCAUGGCUCUGGACAGGUCGAAGUCGAUAGGCAAGCCAGUGUACCUGUACAUACAGUUUUUCAUAACUUGGUCGAAGCAGUUUUGCAGAUUUUUGGGUAUCCUAAGGAGACUGCGGUUACAGCCAAAGGAUCAAUUUUAAUUGAAAACUGGAAGCCGAUCAGAUUAGAAAAAGUGGCUCAAAAUCCUCAAAAAACGGUGUACGAUAUUUUAGGACAGAUUAGUUCGUCUGUUACGUUGAAAAUACAAAUACUUCGGACUUCGAGUUGUGCUAACGCGAUUUUAUCUCAAAUGAAAGAGAAAUUAUUGCAAUUGUUGAUAUUACAGAACAGAGAUCAUAUAUUGAGUUCGGGAUGUCCUUUGGAUCAGAUAACGUUGAAAAGUAUGCUUCGUGGAGCGGACUAUGGUGCGACGGUACCGUCGGACGAUGUGAUACGUAAAUUCGAACAAUGGAUUUCGAGUCAGUAUCGACAGGCGUUGAGACCGUUGCCGUAUCCUAGUCCUUUGGCACAAUUCCCAUUUCCUAUGGGGUCUCCGUCUUCGUUACAUCACGAUAAAGCGCAUAUUGGAAGCUCCGACGAUAGAGUUCAUCCAGCUUUACAGACGGUUCAGAGUCAAUACCCUACACAAAAAACUCGAAUGAGAACUAGUUUCGACGCCGAACACGAAUUACCCAGGUUGCAAAAAUGGUUCUCGGAAAAUCAACAUCCCAGCAGACAGCAGAUCAUGCAAUACGUGAGCGAAUUAAACAGCUUAGAAUCGCGUCGAGGUCGAAAGCCAUUAGACGUGAAUAACGUCGUUUACUGGUUCAAGAACGCUAGAGCAGCUCAAAAGCGUACCGAAGGGCGGAAUGUGUCUAAUGCGCCUAACAAUUCGAUGAACGGAUACAGAAGUGAUAGUCAUAGUCCGUGCGAUACGGCGGUAACGAGUAAGGAAAGUUUAGGCAGUACGCACGAAAGUUGUGACGAAGACGAUGUAGGCCUAGAUGAUGAUAACAGAUCGGACGGCGACGGCGAAGAGGGAGAUGAUAGUUUAGACGCGCGACCCUCCGGUUCACCUGUUGCACCCCUUUCACUUACCACACACAAAGCUAAUAAACGUUCUAGGAGUUCAUCCCCGAUCGACAAAAUCAAACAAGAACCACCAGAUAAAUCAUCCGGCGGCGUUGACCUAGUCACACGUAACAGUCCCAUAGACGGGACGAAGAAACCGAAAUCCGAGUCACCGGCGGUAGUCGACGGUCAAGAAUUCGACUCAGACGAGGAAGACGUCGACGACGACAUCUCCGAGCCGGAAAGCGUUCACAAUAAAACCUCCGAGUCGGAGUCUCGUAAUUCGAUUUUCUCGAAUCCUAGUCCAUUAUCGUUGAUUCCGCGAUCGGUGAAUAAUCCCGUUUUCCCCAUAGUUCCUAAUUCGAUGUUUAGUCAUAAUUUCUCCAUGUUUACUCCCUACAUUCAAAGCAUGAGCAUGAGCAUGAGUCGAUCAGUGCCGCACAGUUCUCCGCAACCGCACACCAACAACCAUAACGCGUAUUCGGACGAUAAACGGAAACGAAAUCGUACCUUUAUCGAUCCAGUUACCGAAGUUCCAUGCUUAGAGAAAUGGUUCCACAUGAAUACUCAUCCGUCUCACGGAUUGAUCAUGCAAUACACCGAGGAUCUGAACUCGAUGGCGUAUCGUCAAAAGUUUCCCAAACUGGAGCCGAAAAACGUCCAGUUUUGGUUCAAAAAUCGACGCGCCAAGUGCAAAAGAUUGAAGUCGUCGUUGUACGAGAGUAUCACCAGUAAUAAUAACCUCUCGCCGCAGGAACAUUAUCAUCUCGCUGCGGCCUUGGCUGGUGAAAAUUAUCGUAUGCAAGAUUAACUGGGACGCUAAUCCCCAAGGGUUGUUUUUAUUGAAAUUAGUUAUGUAUUUGUUUUUUCUUUUUUUUUUAUUUAUUUAAUUUUUCUUCGUUCGGUUUUAGUGUUUUUUUUUCUUUUUUAUUUAUAUUUAUAAGACGCAUUUUUAAUGUGAGUGUUUUUUUCUUUUUUUUUUCUUUUUUUUUUGGUGUUAGUUUUGGUAUUACGAGACAUCUCGUUAUCACGUACCACCGAGUUAAAGGUAUAAUGUUUCGUAAUCGUAAUGCGAAAGCUUUUGUACAUAAAUCCAGUGCUGUUUAUUAAUUUUUAAUAACGUUGUUUUUCCCCUCAUUUUUUUUCUCUCCUCUCUAUCUCAUUGUUUCGUUUAUAUCUGUUUAGAUUUACCUACUUUUUUUUUUUCGUUUGUUGUUUUAUUAUGUUUUGUGUAAGUAUCUAGCAUUUUCUUAUUAAUGGAAGACGAUUAGCCUCUAAUUAGAAAUUUUCCAAAAAAUUCGUCAACUUUCAAUUCGCAUAUUAAUUUGAUUGUAAGUUAAAGUUACAUAAAUAAGUAUGUACUAUGUACUUACCUAUAAUAUUUUCAAAGUUCUUCUUUUCAUCUCAUCAUUACGCAAUGUAAGUAAAUGUUUUAAUUAAUUGUUUUCAAUUCGAAGAAUGAUGAGAACGUAAUUACUAUAUCUGAUUUUAUGGUACUAUACGACCGGCCGAUGGCUAAUUGUCGUGUUAUUUAUUCUUUUUAUCUACCGAUCUCAGAAAUAUUUCAUUCAUACUGUUAUUUGUUAUAAAUGUAUUUAUUUAGUCGUAUAAAUAAUAAAAUACUUUAUGUGUA